UCAAGUAUGGACAGCGGAAGUUCCGGCCGGCAGUCGCGCCUGUUGGGAAGGUUGCUCGGUAAACUACGCGGCGAGCAUCGAUACUCGACUCUCGAUAAAAACUUCUCAUUUACAUCAACUGGCAUGAGUGAAAGUAUAGGUUGUGGGAGCAAUGAAGACAAUGAUACUGCACAACAAGCCGACGUAUCCAGCGGUACCAUUGACGAUGCACAGUUUGCCGCCAAUAUUGACCUCAGGUAUGGCGGCCAGUAUUUGACUCCAGAACAAUUGCCUGAAUUUUGCAACCAGCUUCACCAUUUGGUUGAAGUUAUUAGAAACAUACAAUCGUAUGCUAAAGUCACCGACGAGUAUCCAAGCGAACUCGAGCGUCGUUUAGAGUGUGAAGCUCGCGAAGUGGUUGCGCUCGCUCGUGAAGUGCGCAACGCUCGAGAUUCGGCGUCGCGGACGCGCUUGCAGCGACGCGCGUUGCGUUCUCAGCGCGCACAGAUGAUUGCUCAUCUCGCUAAGCUGAGGGAGGCUGAGGUACGUGAACUUGAGAACUCAAUAAGGCUGUCGGAUCGCAAACUCUAUAAAAGCUGGGAGGCGUUACGUGACAACAAUGAUUCAGCUGCGUUUGAGCCCUUGCUAGAGGAGAUCAAGAAUAAGCAAGCCGCCUUGGACUGUCUCAUUCGCCUGAUAGAGAAUCGACGAAGAAGCAUCCCAAUAGCCCGCGCGCCGCAUCCCCUGCCCCCUCCUCCCGGAGAAGAUGAAGAUGUUGUCCAUAUAGGUGGUAUUAGAAAACGGCAAGACACUCGUCGUAACAACAAGAGAAGAAGGAAGGAAUCAUCACGGGAGCCGAGGUCUAUGCCGCUAUCUGGAGAGCCUAGUCAUCAUAGUCCUCAGCAAGUGACGUUGUAUAUUCAAGGACCAGGGGUAGUGUCAGAGAGCACGUCCCGGUUCCGUGCGGGCAGCGCUGGAGCCGUAACUCUGGGAUCACUUGAACUGCCCACACCGGCUAGUGUGCGAGAUAUACUCUUUUUUACCACUGACUGAUUAUACCAUAAUGUGUAAUGCGACAGA